CACUUGCUCCACCUCUAGCAGUAAUGGCUCAUCUACUUAUCAAAAGGUCCUCAUUAACCUGCACUGCACACCCUCUAAUGCCCUAUUGUCCCAACAGGACUUAUACCUAGAGCUGCACUUCACGUCCACAUCUGCACUCUGUGAGGUUGUGAUCACUCUGUGUGUGCGACUCGACUCCUCUGACUCUCCAACAAGCAAAAUGCAGAACAGGACAGAGAAGUUUGGGGCUCAGCUGCCUCUCUUUGCUCCAGCCAGCAGCUCUCAGCAGCAUCUGUUCAGGAAAAGCACCACCUACCUGGCUAAGAUUGCCGUUAUCCUCCAAGACGCUCCCGGCAAGAUGCUCACUUUCACUCAGUUGAUGGACAGACUGGCACCAUUAAUCUCUGAAGACAGAAAAUCUGUUGAGAACAACAUCAGAGUUUGUUUAUCAACCAGCAAAUGUUUUGUCAAGGUCCCGGUGGUCCCAGAGUCACUGCACAGUAAGAGAAACUACUGGAAACUGGACCCCAAUCAGAUCACAGCAAAGAUGGUGCGUCGUCACUUCAAAGGAAUCCUGCAGAACUUCCCUGAGUUGGCCUCCAAAGUGGAAAUGGAAAACACCAGCAGACCAUCAGAGCACCGCUCAGCUCUCCACUCUCCUGAACCUGCGGCCUGCAAAGCUGUUCAGAUCAGAUGUGAGGUGAAGUUCAGCAGUCCCUUCUCAAUUGAGUCCCUCCUGAAGAGAGACAGUCCCUCUGCUCGGGCCUCCAGAGCUUCUCCUCUGUCCAGCGUGCCGGUCAGAGUGGAGCAGCAGCCUCGGCCCACACUCGGACACAGAGUUGGGACAAAGAGGAGCUUCAGCUGGGACUCUGAGGAGCCUCUCCUCCUUCAAGCUUCAGCUGGAAGUUCCCCCAUCUGCUCAACAGGGGGCAGCACUCACCAUGAACUCACUGCUAAUGGAGCCACUGAGCCCUUCAAGAGGAUGCAUGUGUGCACUGAGCCCUCAUUCCCCUUCUACACAAGAGCCAGUGCUGCUCCUUAUUUCACCAGCCCACCCAGCAUUUACUACACUUACCCAUGAUGCUCUCUGUUUCUGGCUGUAAUGUGUUUUGUACCUGACGUA